CUCCUCCAUUGUCCUAUCCCAUCACCCCCUCCCACGCCCCCUCUCAACACUCUCAACGCCGCAAGCUGUACAUUUUCCGGUAGACCAUCCUCAGCCCCACAGCACGCUUUCAAGCAUCAGAAAAUACAGAUUACAAUAAAAAUUACCCGACAAGCGGAAAAUUCAUGAACACCCACAAUGCCUCGGACGACCCUCCACCAGGAAUCCCCGCUACUAUCCCUACUACCAUACCAAGCUCAGAAUAUGGUCCCCCUCAGCCAAUAAAUCCCCUCUCGCUGCAUCUCCUGCCACACCCGCAGCGGGGUAAUGGUGUCUUUACGGAUCGAGCCAUUCCGGCUGGAACAGUGAUUGAAGAGAGCCCGGUGCUGCUUUUCAGCAAGGAGGAAUGGGAGGAGAAGGGGCUGGACGACACGGUACUGGGGAGCUAUGGGUUCUGUUGGAGUGGAGGCGGCAUGGGUUUGGGCUUGGGACUCGCAUCCUUAUUCAACCACUCUCCCAAACCCAAUGUCAACUACAUACGAUCCCCCCAAUCUCGCACCAUCAAAUUCCUCGCAUCCCGCUCCAUCUCGCCUGGCGAAGAAUUGUGCAUCUGCUACGCCGCCGAUCAGUCCAAAUUGUGGUUCGUUCCUGCCGACGAACGGGAAUUUGCUGCCCGUAAGGAAGAGAACGGGGAAGAUAGCGAGGAUGACGAAGAGAGGAUCAUGGGCUUGGAAGUCGAGGAAGACAAGGAGGUCGAGCGGAAAAGGAAGGAGAGGGAAAGUAGAAAGGCUGCUGCUUCUACAUCCUCUAUCAGAACAGCUGGUUCCCUCCAAGCCACAUCAGACUCUGAUCUCGUGUCUCCCCCGAUACAGGCUCCCCGACCUGUCCGAGCACCUUCAUUCCCAUCUCUCACUUCUUCGCCCCCUGCCUCGCGACCGUCAUCCGCAAACAAUGCAGCGCAUGCCAUCCCCACCAACGCUCUACCCGCUCCUCUGCAUAGCUCAGCCCACAAGGCUCUUUCCAGACGCGGUACGCCUACGUCUUCACCCUCCCGUGGGAGCGUAUCCAGACAUGAGCCGGAUGUGAGCUCGCGAUCGAGCUCCAAGCAACGUGCAGGUCUUGUACCGGACCUGAAGUGGUCUGAUGACGAAUGGAAAGAUGCCAAGGGGAGAGAUAAAAUGCCGGACGGCAAAGUAGAGGGGGUCGAUUAUGGAGAGACAAUAAGAAUCAAGGGACCUGCAGAAAGCGAGAAUGACGGAGAGGAUAAGGAUCUGAGUGAGAUUAGCCCGUCAAAUCUAAGUGACCUGCUGACGGUGGUGUCAGUACAAGUGUGGAUAUUAGAGUUUACUGAUCCCAAGUUGACCAAGACAGCUCUCAAUUUCUCAAAAGAGGUAUGGCCGAACGAUGUCAACGAGCGAUUGAGACAUCUCAAGCGGGUGUGUCGACGUAAAGAGAAUGAUCUAGAAAUAUGUCGAAUAGCCCUUUGCCCUAUAGAUGAGCACUCUUCCGAGUCCCUCUCCGCCCUCAUGGUCGCCUUCUCCCCCGACCUCGGCACUUUGUCCCCAAAGACCUGGUCUGUCCCAGCCACAGGUGCUCGCACCCAAGAACAGCUCAAAUACAAGCAUCACAUCUGGCCCGUCUCCUUCUCUCCCGCUCCGAUUGUGCCUUCAAGCUCCUCUGAAGCUGGCUGGUCCCUGACCAAGAAGGCCUGGGUAGCCAGUGGUGUGAAACGAGUAUUGGAAUUGGCUUUGGAGGCCAAAAGGAAUGGCGAGGUCCCUGUUGCGACCUUUUGCAUCUCUCCUCCAGACGCCUUCUGGCCCAAGUCUGAUGGUGGCUUCAUCGCACCUACUCCCAACCUUCGUGCCUCCUCUCACGACACUCGAAAUUCAGAAAGCCACCCUCUGCGCCAUGCAGUCCUCAACUGUGUGGCCAACAUCGCUCACUUGCGCACCGUACCGCCUUUCGCCGAUACGACUCCGGCGAGGAACGGCGCCGACUACUUGUUGACGGGAAUGUGCUUGUUCUUGAGCCAUGAGCCUUGUGUGAUGUGUUCUAUGGCUCUUUUGCAUUCGAGAGUCAAAGAAGUCAUCUAUGUCUUUGGACAGAGGCGGGGAGGUGGAUUCGAGAUCGGCAGCGGCGACUCUGUUGGCUUUGCUGCGAACCAAGGCUCCGAAGAGGCCUCUCACGAGCUCUCGCCUGACGCAAAGGGAUUCGGUAUUCAUGCCAGGCGCGACCUCAAUCACAGAUACGAGGUUUGGCGCUGGGACGGACACGUAGAUGAAGCUGUGCGGGCAGAGCUCGAGAUUGAUGAGGACCUGCAGCUCUAAAGAGAUUAUUGUGCGAUGUUGUGAUGUUGGUGCGAUCUGUCCUGGGAUGUGGAGAGUUUGAUACGGGUAUCUUAUCUUGUAACAUCAUGUUUGAAGGACUAUUUCUUGGGCCUUCUCAUUCCUUUUCUGCUCUUGUUCAUAGGGAUCAAACUGUCUAGAAACAUGGAUAGCCUAUCACAUGUUGAGACACUUGUGGGCCCCUCGUUUAGAAUAAGCUCCUGACCGUGCGGGUCAUUCAUCAUUGUUUUACGUCUCGUUCGAGGGGUCAGAGUACAAUGUAGGAGGUGGUCAUGCAUGAUGUAAGAACAGUG